AUGAGCAGCCAAAACUUACAAAAACCUUACAAACAACGUUUCAAAGGAGUUGAAAAUUUUUUAAGAAGAGUUGCCUUCAAUUUAGGCAACACCGCAUCGCAAACUGAAGUAAAAAUAAUUUCGUGUAUACCCAUAGAUGUAACUGAUCUUCAACAGAAAAUUAUAAAUCUCGAAAAGCAAUUAUAUGAAGCAAAAGAGCGAACACGUCAAAGUAAAGUAAAACUACAAGCUCCUGAAAAACCUAAUAGUAACAACCUAAAACCUAAUACUGAGAAACCCAGCUCUGUAGUGAACACAGCGCUUUAUAACGAACCUUUUGCUAAACAGUCCAGUACAGUAUCCUAUUGUAGUAAGACUCCGAACAAUAUGAGACAACAACCCGUGUCAAUACACUGUGAAGACUGUUCUUCAAGGGCCAAGAAAUCAAACGUUUCUUAUGUAUCCCCUGCUUUGUCAGCACCUGAGGCAGCCCAAACUACCAAAAUAGAUUCACAUGAUAGUUCAAAUAAUAUGAACCAAAAUGCCAAUCUUGCUGCUAUUGAACGUUACAAAAAUAUAUUCUGUAAACGUAAAAGGAAAAAAGUCAAAGGAAAGGAAAAACUAAAAACUCAACUUGUAUAUUAUGCCCAAACUCCUAAUAAUCCCUUUAAUAUGCAUCUAAAUACCCGAAGAUAUCUAGAUAGUACUGAAGUGUUGUGUCUGUCCCAUUUAGAUAAUGUGGUCAAAAGACAAUAUGAUCCGAAUAUAGGCAUUGAAGAGUUUUCCGACACCAGUAAUUUUACAAAACCAAUCUGUAGAGAUACCGGCAAAUGUUUAAAACAAUCUUUCCAAUAUGAAUCCGAUGUAUGUUCAUGUUGUCACGGAAAGUUUCAGAAUAUUGAUAACUAUAUGACUACACGACAAAAUUACGAUUAUAACAUUUUCCCAAGAGCGAAAGAACCCUUUGAAAAUACUAAAAUAUAUUACAACUCAAAAGACUACGAUAUAAUCCCGGUAAAAGAAAAUUCUAACAAAACGCUUAAAGAAAAUCUAAACAAAAAAGAAACUAAAAUAGAUAUUGAUAUUAAAUGUUGGCCCGAAAAAUAUCGUACUAAAUAUCGUUAUCAUCCCUACGUAGAUUACCAAUUAGAACUUCCUACAAAACGUCGAUCACCUCAAAGAAUUGCUCCAAAAUUAUUAGAAAUGGAGAUACCAAAACGAGGCUAUAGAAGCGCCAGGUGUAAUAAAUUAUAUCAACAUGCUAUGGAUACGACUUCUAAAAGUUGCUCUAUUGACUGUAGCAACGUUUACAAAAGGCAGCCCUUCCAAGACAUCAAAAUACGCAAAUCUAAGCCUGUAAAAGUAAUUAUACAAAAGAAUGAACUAAUCUCAACCAACGAUACACACCACGUACAAGUCAAUACACAAAGUACUGAUUUGAACACAGCUGACAAUGUUAAAACUGAAUCAACAUUGGACCAAAUAAAGACUAUGCUACUAAAUGUACUGGCGGAAGUGAAAACAAGUGCUAAGUUAAAUAACUGUAUAGAAGAAAAAGUCAGAAAAGAUGCAGUAGUACAAAAAGGAACAUCUCAAAAUAACAUGCCAGGCGCUUCUACAUUACUUCAUAGUUUUACAUACAACAACUCUUAUAAUGCAAAUCCUUAUCUACCAACCUGCUCUCGACAAAUUCCUCUACAGUAUUGUUUCGCAAGCGUUCCAUGCCAACCAAUCAAGCUAGAUAACUUCCCAGUUUUGGUACAUCCUUCACCCAGAAAACAUAUGUGCGCGUGCUAUUACAAAAAUAAUUCAUUGCAACAGACCACCGCUGCUACAAAUACUGACAAAGAUAUCCAACAAUCCAGUACUAAAGAGACGGAAAAGCUAAUUAAAGAAAUAUAUAAGUCUAUGGCUCUAAACCUAGAUUUAACGACGAAAGAAAAUUCGCUGAGUGAGUGCGACGAUCUUAAAUCAGCUGAUGGCUCCACUAACACGUCAUGGAAGGAAGUAAAGACCACAGAAAUAGUGACAAGCAAACGAGACAUGGAAAUUGAUGCUAUCAUGACUCCAUAUGAUUCAAAUUCAAAUCAUUCUAAGGUAGUGUACACGGCUAACACUCAGUUUGACCCUAAUCAGUCACGAAAGAACGAGCCUUGCUAUAACGCUGUUAACAGAAAUAUCGGUCAACCCAAAAAUUUCUAUAGACCAGAACAUGAAAAUAAUAUUAUUAAUGAAGAUGAAGAGACUGAUGAAUCUGAUCAAACAGAAAGUAAUGAAACCGUAAUCUUUGACCAAUAUAACAAAAAAGAAAAGAAAGGUUUCCUACAGCGAAUGCUUAAGUCGGUUAAACUGUUUAAUAAGAAGAAAGACCACCAAGAACAACGAACUGAACGUGGACAGGAGGAGAGUGAUUCUGAUGAUUACGAAACUAUAUAUAGCUAUCGUUCUGCUGCUCCAACAAACACACGAAGACGCAGGAAAAAACGUAGAAAUUACUCAAAAGUCCAAUAUUUACAUGAAAAUAGGCGGGAAAGGGAAAGACCUUAUUUAGAACAGGAGUACCGACGACAGUGGACUGAAGGAUUGACGUUCCACAUAAAUCCAAAUAAAAUGACUGCUGAGAAACAUUUUCCACAACAAAACUCGAAGCAAAAUCCUUAUUGGAAAAAUUAUAAAGCGGGAAGUGUAAUUGUAGAUAAUAAUGUAGCAAAUAAUAAAAAUUUGGGUCAUGAUUCAUUUGGCAAUAAUACUGCUAUUCAAAAUGAUAAGAAACCUAAAGAUAAGUUGGGAUGGCUUAAAAAACACAAUGGAAGAAUU